GCCCAAAGUUCCACUCCAAUAAGACUCUCAUAAAUUAUAAGAACAUAGAAACCCUAGAACCAGCUCCCUCUUUCUCUUUGCGCCGCGAGAAAGAGAAAGAAACACACGGAGACUCCAUUUUCUUCAGGUAAGCCAUGGUGAAGCACAACAAUGUUAUUCCCGGGGAGCACUUCAGGAAGCACUGGCAGAACUAUGUCAAGACCUGGUUUAACCAACCCGCAAGGAAGACCAGGAGGAGAAAUGCUCGCCAGGCAAAAGCUGUGAAAAUCUUUCCUAGGCCUACUGCUGGACCUCUCCGUCCAGUUGUUCGUGGGCAGACAUUGAAGUAUAACAUGAAAGUCAGGGCUGGUCGCGGUUUCUCUUUGGAAGAGUUGAAGGCUGCUGGUAUCCCAAGGAAACUUGCACCAACCAUUGGAAUCUCAGUUGAUCAUCGUAGGAAGAAUCGUUCUCUUGAGGGGUUUCAAGUUAAUGUGCUUCGUCUGAAGACAUACAAGCAAAAAUUAGUUGUCUUCCCAAGGCGUGCUGGCAAGUUUAAGGCCGGUGACUCUGCAGCAGAAGAACUUGCAAAUGCAACCCAGGUCCAAGGUCCUCUGUUGCCCAUCCAACGUGAGAAACCAACUGUUGAGCUCGUGAAGGUUACUAAAGAUUUGACUGCAGUCAAGGCAUAUGACAAGCUUCGUGUGGAACGUGUGAAUGUACGUCAUGUUGGGGCCAGAGCAAAGAAGGCAGCUGAGGCCGAAAAGGAAGAGAAGAAGUAGAAAUCCUGUUUUUAAUAUUUUGCAAGGUUUGGUUAUGUUUUGCAAGAUUUUGCAAUUUAAGCUUUGACCUAUUUACUGUGGAUCCAUAAGUUUAGAAUUUUGUAAUGUCAUCUUUUGAGUUUUUAUUUGAAAAUAUGAUGAGAAAUUAGACGUUGA